AUGAGAACUCAUACUGGAGGGAAACCAUUCAGCUGCUCAGUCUGUAAGAAAGCCUUUACACGGAGUGGAGAUUUAAAGAUACACAUGAGAAAACACACAGGAGAGAAACCAUUCAGCUGCUCAGUGUGUAACACAUCUUUUACUCAGCGAGGAUGUUUAAAGCAACACAUGAGAAUCCACACGGGAGAGAAACCGUUCAGCUGCAGUGUUUGUGACAAAACAUUUACACGUAGUCAUCAUGUCAAACGCCAUAAGUGUGUUGGUCGUCAGUCCUCACAGCUUCAUCAAACUCAAACUGAGGCACAUCCUCCAGCCAGCAGCUCAGCUGAACACAUGGAAACUGAAGCUGAUGGAGAGGACUGUGGAGGACCAGAACCAGCCAGGAACUCGGAUCCAGAGAGACAUUUACAACCAGGGACCGAGGACAACCCUGGAGACUCUUCUGAACCUGAGACUGAGGACAGUGGAGACUCUUCCUAACCUGAGACUGAGGACAGUGGAGACUCUUCUGAACCUGAGACUGAGGACAGUGGAGACUCUUCCUAACCUGAGACUGAGGACAGUGGAGACUCUUCCUAACCUGAGACUGAGGACAGUGGAGACUCUUCUGAACCUGAGACUGAGGACAGUGGAGACUCUUCUGAACCUGAGACUGAGGACAGUGGAGACUCUUCUGAACCUGAGACUGAGGACAGUGGAGACUCUUCCUAACCUGAGACUGAGGACAGUGGAGACUCUUCUGAACCUGAGACUGAGGACAGUGGAGACUCUUCCUAACCUGAGACUGAGGACAGUGGAGACCCUUCCUAACCUGAGACUGAGGACAGUGGAGACUCUUCCUAACCUGAGACUGAGGACAGUGGAGACUCUUCUGAACCUGAGACUGAGGACAGUGGAGACUCUUCUGAACCUGAGACUGAGGACAGUGGAGACUCUUCCUAACCUGAGACUGAGGACAGUGGAGACUCUUCCUAACCUGAGACUGAGGACAGUGGAGACUCUUCCUAACCUGAGACUGAGGACAGUGGAGACUCUUUUGAACCUGAGACUGAGGACAGUGGAGACUCUUCUGAACCUGGGACUGAGGACAGUGGAGACUCUUCUGAACCUGAGACUGAGGACAGUGGAGACUCUUCCUAACCUGAGACUGAGGACAGUGGAGACUCUUCCGAACCUGAGACUGAGGACAGUGGAGACUCUUCCUAACCUGAGACUGAGGACAGUGGAGACUCUUCCUAACCUGAGACUGAGGACAGUGGAGACUCUUCCUAACCUGAGACUGAGGACAGUGGAGACUCUUCUGAACCUGAGACUGAGGACAGUGGAGACUCUUCUGAACCUGAGACUGAGGACAGUGGAGACUCUUCUGAACCUGAGACUGAGGACAGUGGAGACUCUUCCUAACCUGAGACUGAGGACAGUGGAGACUCUUCUGAACCUGAGACUGAGGACAGUGGAGACUCUUCCUAACCUGAGACUGAGGACAGUGGAGACCCUUCCUAACCUGAGACUGAGGACAGUGGAGACUCUUCCUAACCUGAGACUGAGGACAGUGGAGACUCUUCUGAACCUGAGACUGAGGACAGUGGAGACUCUUCUGAACCUGAGACUGAGGACAGUGGAGACUCUUCCUAACCUGAGACUGAGGACAGUGGAGACUCUUCCUAACCUGAGACUGAGGACAGUGGAGACUCUUCCUAACCUGAGACUGAGGACAGUGGAGACUCUUCUGAACCUGAGACUGAGGACAGUGGAGACUCUUCCUAACCUGAGACUGAGGACAGUGGAGACUCUUCCUAACCUGAGACUGAGGACAGUGGAGACUCUUCUGAACCUGAGACUGAGGACAGUGGAGACUCUUCCUAACCUGAGACUGAGGACAGUGGAGACUCUUUUGAACCUGAGACUGAGGACAGUGGAGACUCUUCUGAACCUGGGACUGAGGACAGUGGAGACUCUUCUGAACCUGAGACUGAGGACAGUGGAGACUCUUCCUAACCUGAGACUGAGGACAGUGGAGACUCUUCCGAACCUGAGACUGAGGACAGUGGAGACUCUUCUGAACCUGAGACUGAGGACAGUGGAGACUCUUCUGAACCUGAGACUGAGGACAGUGGAGACUCUUCCUAACCUGAGACUGAGGACAGUGGAGACUCUUCCUAACCUGAGACUGAGGACAGUGGAGACUCUUCUGAACCUGAGACUGAGGACAGUGGAGACUCUUCUGAACCUGAGACUGAGGACAGUGGAGACUCUUCUGAACCUGAGACUGAGGACAGUGGAGACUCUUCUGAACCUGAGACUGAGGACAGUGGAGACUCUUCCUAACCUGAGACUGAGGACAGUGGAGACUCUUCUGAACCUGAGACUGAGGACAGUGGAGACUCUUCUGAACCUGAGACUGAGGACAGUGCUGAUGGUCAGGAUUAAACUCUGUGGUAAAGACCCUGUCAGUGUGUAACGUGAUACCUGUGAGUUAAAUCUGAAUGUGCAUCAAAAAACCAACAAUUCGUAUAACUUUGAAUAUUCAGAUGAGGAAACCUGCCUGACUGUAUGAACUCUGUUGGACAAUAUUCAUGACUCCAUGUGACCUCCAUCUCUAUCAACAUACUGUGAGUGGACAACAUGUCUAAUGUUUGUGUCUUACUGCUUCUCUGAUUUAUACUACAACCACUGGCUGUGGAUUUAAGGGCUCAGAGUUUCCUUUUAGACAUACAGGAGGAUCUUAUGUGUUGGAUCUGUGUUGGUGAUAUUCCAGCUAACCUUUGGUUGUAGUUAUUUCAUGUCAGUAUUUUAUGUGACUUGAUUAAAUCUUAAAUACUUUCUCCUUAAAAAAAUCAUAAUGUUGUAAGUAGAGCUUAAAACUGCAAAAAGUAGAAACAGGAGCAAGAGACCAAAAAUACGCAAUUGAUUGAAAACUGAAUUUAAGCUGCAGGCUGUUCAUCAGCUGGUCAAAAGUUUAAGACCACAUCUGAAAAAAAACAGAACUCAAAGGUUAGUAUUAAGUGGCCCCACAGUUCUUGUUGAUAACGUGUUUGAUGCGAGUGUUUCCAGGAGGCUGGCUGGAAAGUUCCUCCAUGGCUUCACUAAGGGCUCCCACGGUCUGCAACUGGGAGAGUAAAAUAAUUUCCCACCUAAUUUCAAACAAAUCCCAAGGUGUUAUUCAGUAGCGUUAACUCUGGCCCCGCCCCCAGGACCAGCAUCCACAUGUCUCCGGCUAAGUGUGACUCAUUUUUACAUUUCUUUAUUAGCAAAGUUCAGGAUGUUAGAUUGAACAUCAUCCUCCAUCAUUUUCCAGUAUCGUACCAUUACCAAAAUCAAGCCGUUUCUCUCCUCCAUUGACCUUUAUCUCGUCCUGUUUAGAAUACUGCGACGCCUUCUAUACUGGGUCAGUCAUCCCUGUCCCACCUGCAACUGGUCCAGAACGCAGCCAGGCUCCUCACAGGAAAAGGGACCAUAUUACCCCCAAUCUGGCAGCCAGUGCGCCUCAGAAUUGAUUUUAAACUUGUCCUGUUUGUGUUUAAAGCCCUAAAUGGGCAGUGCCCCUCUUAUGUUGCAGACCUCCUUAUCCAGUAUUCCAGCUCCAGGCCCCUCAGGUCGACUCACCUGGUUGUCCCACGCUCCAGACGUAAACUCAGGGGCGACCGAGCCUUUUCUAUUGCAGCCCCAAGACUGUGGACCAGCCUCCCCCUCCCUGUCAGAUCAGCCCCUCCAUUGACUGCUUUAAAUGCUAUACACACACUUUUAUACUAUUUGGUGUCUUUAAAUGUGCUUUAUUAAUAAAUAGGAUUGAUUGAUUGAUUAUCGACCACUUUUGUGAACUUCCCUUUGCCGUCCAACCCCAAACGUUCUCAAUGGGAUUAAGAUCAGGGGAACCCACAGGUCCAAAAGAGCGACGUCUUUGAUCAUAUUAACUGUCCAAAAAUCUGCCAAAUAAACACAUUUAUAAACAACAAACUCAUUUCUUUAUAAUA